CCUCCCGGCCGAUCCAAGCGUCUUUGGCAGACGAUGUCGGAGCGGGCGGACGGAGUCCUGCAGCUGCUGGCGGUGUCGGUGGCGGCGGCCGGCUGGCUGAGCGCUCUGGCUGCCACCCUGAUGACCUCGUGGCUCACGCUGUCCACUGAGCUGCUGCCCAGCGAGACCUACCAUCUGGGCCUGUGGGAGACCUGCGUGGUCCAGGACCUGGGGCUGCUGGAGUGCCGGCCCUACGACGGCCUGCUGGGCCUGCCGCCCGACAUCAAGCUGGCCCGUGUCCUGAUGUGCGGCUCUCUGGGCGCCGGGCUGCUGGCCGUCCUGCUGGCCAUCCCCGGCCUCGGCCUGGUCAACGGCUGCCGGGGUCACGCCGGCCGGAAGACGGCUCUGAGGGCGGCGGGCGGCGUCCUGGUCCUGCUGGCCGGCGUGCUGGGCCUGGUCCCGGCGUCCUACGUGGCCCACCUCACCGUGCUGCGCUUCUUCGACCCAUCGCUGCCCGACGUGGUUCCUCGCUGGGAGUUUGGAGACGCGCUGUUCUGUGGCUGGACGGGCGGUGUUCUGCAGCUGGUGGCCGGAGCACUGCUGCUGGCGUCCUGCAUGUGGCGCUGCAGUGGCCACGCCCACCGACUGCCUGUCGCCACGACGACCAGGAGCCACGGCAGCAGGAUGGAGUACGUCUGAGGGGCAGCGGGGCGCCGGAAAACAACCAAAAACCGCUAAGAGACGCAAAAAAAAUGCUAAGAAAACACCAAUGAAGGCCAGAAAACACAGAGGAACGCUGUUUCCGUAAACGACAUUUCCGUAAGUGGCGUUUACGAAAGCAACAUUUACAUAAACACUGUUUACGUUUUUACGUAAAUGUGUUUUACGUAAAAGUGUUUAAGUAAAUGGUGUGUUUUCGUAAACGCCGUUUACGGAAAUGGGGCUUCCACAAACGCCGUUUACUAAAAAAUGCCGUUUCCGUUUUUACUUAAAUGGCGUGUUUACGUAAAUGCCGCUUGUCAUAAACUGCAUUUCCGUCCAAACAAAGACGAUUUCGCGAAGCAAAGUUUCCAGGAACUCUCAGGACGAACUGAAGAAAAACUGAGUUCAGUUUCUGUUGAACUUUUCUGUUUAAAACUCUGUUGUCCUAAAUUUACAGCACCAAAAACUGUUGUUUCUUCGUCUGAAAAAAAAUCAAAAAAUUCAGCAAAAAAGAAAAAAUAUUUAAAGAAAAUUCUUGUAAAUAGUUUCAAAAUAUGAGUAAAAAUCUUCCCAAAAAAAUUCUAAAAUUAUCUAAAGUGAUUACAUGUAUAUCCGCAUAACUGAUCUAUCUGUAGAAUUCGCUGGAUUUUGGUUGAUUUUUUUGGGAAAUGUUCUUAAAGAAACAAGAAUGUUUUUAACAUUUUUUCCACCCAAAAAUGUUCAAAAAUUUCAACAAAACGCUGAAAAUGUGGACAUAAAAAUCUAUAUAUUUUUCCACAUUUUCAAACUUUAAACACAGAAAAUAACCUCAGUUCUGCUCUUUGCUGCCGCAUUUUAACAGAAAAUGAUUUUGUUUAUAAAGUCUAGAUUUUAUAAAAACUCAUUUGUUCUUUUUUGACUAUAAAAUUUCAGUUUUUAUUGGAUUUAAAUUAAAAUAUGUAAAAUUUAUUCUCCCCUCAUUUGGAUCAAUAAUUAUUUAAACUCAUAUUUUACUUUUAUUGUAAAACUGAAUUUUAUGAACAGGAACUGAUGUAAAGUUCCUUAUUUUAGUGAAUUUAAAUGCUUAUUUUACUUUUUUCUGGCACCUUUUUCGUGUUUUUAUUUUUAAUGUUUAAACCAUUUGAGGUUUUCUGGAUCUAAACUUUAGACAGAAAUCUUCUUUCUAGGCUGAAGUUGAACACAAAGAUAAAAGAUUUAAAUAUUCAGACAUCUUUUUAACGAUCUUUAACAUUUAAUUUGAGCUCCUUUCUGUGUCUGAAUUUCUCUUUAAAUCAUCGACGACAUGAAAAAAUGAAUGGUUUGAUCCAGAGAAAGUCAAAUGGAGGAAACGUUUUUCAAUCAGCUUUUAUUUGUGAAGCCAAAGAGAACAAAGCUGCUGUUUCCUGUUUCCUCUUUUAAUUACUUCCUGUUGAGCUUCUUCUGAAUCUAAAGCAUUUUAUUCCGCUUUCUUGGUUUUCCUGGAACAAACUGAAGCUGUCUGGGUUUUUUGAUGAAUGUUUGUGAAGCUGCUGUUUGUUGAAAUCACUGUUUGUUCAAUCAGAUUGGUUAUUGAUUACUGAUUAUCAUAGAACUGAAUGUGAUCAGCAGGGAAAUGUCAAAUAAAGAGAAUUCUACUGUC